GCUGAUUGCUGUUUACGAAAAAGACCGAGAUGCGGGAUGCUUAUUCUCAUUCUUUUUUUUCUAGAUAAAUCGCAUUUUUGAGCAGCUCCAAUUUAUAAACGGUGUAGCAUAUUUCUAACACGCAAUUUCAAUAAGUUUUAUUACCUUUUUAACACGAUGAUAGAAUUACUCUCAAAACAGGUGGUCUUGUCAUCGAGUGUUCUGGGUCGUCUACAAUAUAUGAAAUGGGCUUUUCACAGUCAUGUCCAGAACUAUGUAACCAAAGAAUCAUCCAGCGAUUUUGUAAAGGUAGUCGAGGUUGGGCCACGAGAUGGACUGCAAAAUGAGAAGAAGGUGGUGCCUACGGAGAUCAAAGUUGACUUCAUCAACAGGCUGUCGGCCACUGGAUUGAAAAGCAUUGAAGUUACGAGCUUUGUGUCUCCAAAGUGGGUGCCUCAGAUGGCUGACAAUUUGCAGGUCUUUCAGCAGGUCUUGAAAAGAGAUGGUGUAUCCUAUCCAGUUCUAGUGCCAAAUCUGAAGGGCCUGGAGAGUGCCAUUGCUGUAGGUGUGAAGGAGAUUGCUGUGUUUGGUGCGGCAUCGGAAACUUUCUCCAAGGCAAACACCAACUGUUCUAUUGAGGAAAGCCUGAGGAAUCUCAAAGCAGUCGUGGAGAAAGCACAGAGUUAUGGAAUCAGGUCCCGAGGUUACGUCUCCUGUAUUGUUGGCUGUCCUUAUGAGGGCGAAAUCAAACCAGCCGCUACGGCGCAUCUAGCUUCGAUAAUGUUGGACGUCGGAUGCUAUGAGGUUUCCCUUGGCGAUACUAUAGGCGUAGGGUCGCCGAGGAAGAUCAGUCGCGUCUUGAAUGAAUUACGCCACGUCUCAUCGAACAAUAUGAGUUACUAUGCGUUGCAUUGUCACGACACGUACGGCCAGGCCCUGGCAAAUGUAUAUGCGGGUCUUCAAGAUGGUAUAAGAGUCUUUGAUUCUUCGGUUGCUGGACUUGGCGGAUGUCCAUAUGCCGCUGGUGCUUCGGGAAACAUUGCUACGGAGGAUUUACUGUAUUUUCUACAGGGACAAGGAUUACAGACUGGCAUAAAUUUGGAUAAAGUAGUGGAAAUUGGCGAUUACAUCAGUAAAGAGUUAGAUAGAAUCAAUCAGUCGAAGACCGGAACGGCUAUACUUGCCAAAAAAAGUCGUCAAAAAUGCUAAUUAAUAUAAUAAAAAAAG